GCACCAGUCACUACAAGAGUCAGGGGGACAGAUUCACUGGAACACAUUAACUCCUGAGGAAAGUCGUUUGUAAAACUUAAUAAAUAAAUAAAUAAAUAAAUAAAAACUGUUAAUGUGACAGAACUUACUGUAGACAACAGCAACUAGUGGGGAUCUAUACCUCUAAACACUGCCACAGAACUUAUCUACAUUAACUUGCAAGUUACUGUAAACGUCACGUUACUUUCUAUCAAUGUGGUUAUUGAAAAAGAAAGAAAGAAAUCAGUGUUUCUCUUUAUGACUUCUAUCCGUGUUCCUGCUGGGUCUUUCAUACAGUGAAUCUUUCCACGUCAUUCUAGGACCUUCCCACAAGUUGUGAAGACAGAACAGGGAAGUGAACAUCUUGAGCUGCAUGGAUUCCCAAUACAAGUAUCAGCAUGCCACUUCAAGGAUGAAGCUGUCAGGAUCAAUAAGAAAAAUCACUGCUUUCCUAGUGUCUCGGUCAAAAAGUACCGGAACGCUGAAAGCACCAUAUGGUCUUCAAAAUUCCCAGUAGCAGCUGCCAGGGAAAGAAUAUUCUAAAUAUGCUUCAAUGCAACUUGCAGUGGCAUCUUGUCUUGCUAAAUUUCCUGACCUGUGGCCUGGAGAUCUGUGUGGCAGCUGGGAUUACAUAUGUUCCUCCAUUACUCCUGGAGGCGGGGGUUGAAGAGCAGUAUAUGACGAUGGUCUUAGCUGCUUUCUAUUUGCAGGUAUUGGGCCAGUCUUGGGACUCCUGUUCAUACCUUUGAUUGGUUCGGCCAGUGACCAUUGGACGAGCAGCUAUGGCCGGAGGCGACCCUUCAUCUGGCUGCUGUCUCUGGGGGUGCUGCUGGCCCUGUUCAUCAUCCCCCAUGCUGACAUGCUCGCCUUCUACUUCAGCUGGGGCGGACAGGCUAUGCACGUGGCCUUCCUCAUUCUGGGAGUGGGUCUGCUUGAUUUCUCCGGCCAGGUCUGCUUCAUCCCACUGGAAGCUGUGCUCUCCGACCUGUACGGGGAGGAGGAGGAUUGUGGGCAAGCCUUUGCCAUGUUUUCCUUCAUGGUCAGCCUGGGCGGCUGCAUUGGCUAUCUGCUCCCAGCCAUCAACUGGACCGACAGCUACCUCUCUGCCUACCUUGGUGGUCAAGAGGAGUGCCUCUUUUCCUUGCUCACCUUCAUCUUCAUCCUAAGUGUUCUUGUCACCAUGAAAAUCUCACAUGAGCCCACCUACCCCUCAGGGCGCCUGCUGCUGGAACCAAAGCCUUCAGAGAGAGCCAGGUCUGUCUUCCGCUCCUGCUGCUACCUUCUCAAGUGCAGGCUGAGGGUCUUCAAGUCAGGCCCUUUGAUUUGCAUGUUGCGGACUUGCUGGUCAAUGUCGCCAGCCAUCUACCGCAGUUACUGCCACAUUCCCUGGGUCAUGAAGCAGCUGUGUGUAGCCCAGCUCUGCAGCUGGAUGGCUGUCAUGUCCUUCAUGCUAUUCUACACAGACUUUGUCGGAGAAGGGCUUUACGAAGAUGUCCCCAGUGCAGCACCAGGAACCCCAUCAAGAAUUCGCUAUGAUGAAGGUGUUCGCAUGGGGAGCCUGGGCCUGUUUCUGCAAUGUGCUACCUCAACGUUUUUCUCAAUAAUCAUGAGUAAACUUAUCAAACUGUUUGGGUCUAAGAGAGUCUAUUUGGCCAGCAUGGUCAGCUUCACCUUCUCUGCACUAGUGAUUUGCCUUUCAAAGAGCAUUGUGCUGGUCACCAUGAUGUCUGCACUAACUGGAUUUGCUUAUGCCACGCUACAGACCCUGCCCUACACACUGACCUGUCAUUACCACAAGGAAAAGGACAUCUAUAUGCCAAAAAAAAAAGCCAAAAAUAUGCAUAAAAAUGGAAUCGCAAUAACCAGAGAGUCGGUUUAUCUGACUCCGGAUGAACAGUGCACCAUAAAUGACAACCACAACCAAAACGGACAUGUGUGCAUUGAGCCAGAGCGUGCAGGCAGUUACCCUGCCCAGACUGACUCUGCCAGUGGAGGUGAUGGUGAGGAGGAGGAUUUUGGGAAGCGCGGCGUCGGCUUGGACUUUGCCAUCCUGGACAGCACCUUUCUGCUCUCGCAAGUCUUCCCCUCUUUCUUCAUGGGGAUGAUCGUUUUGUUUACAGAAUCUGUUACAGCUUACAUAGCCUCCUCCACUAUCUUCGGCUUGAUUGCGAUUUAUUAAGCCAACCGUAUAGUGUUUGACCAAAAGGACCUGAAAUUCUGAAAGGAUGGAAAAAAAAUUAAAAGAAUGUGACGGAGCAGCAUUAAAACUGCUGCCAACUGAGUUAGUAUUUUUAAAGAUGGCUGUUGGAAAGGUCAAGUGGUGUUUUUAAAAUAAUUUUUCUGUUACACCGC